AUGUCACUUGAAACCCAGGCAACCGAACUACGUGCCGAGCUGGCCGCUCUAAAAUCUGAGGUCGAACUGUUAAAAAAUGAGCGAGAUGUAGCGCGCGUGUUGAGUCAAUACGUCUAUGUCCACGACGAGGCCUUUUCGCCUGCGUCGCGCAAAUCUGAAGCGCUAGAUCAACAAUUCGAAGAUUUCUUCACUGAGGAUGGCGUUUGUGAUGCAUUUGGUUUACAUACUACUAAGCAAGGGAAGGCAGAGUGGGUACGGAGUGUACUUUUGAGCCAAGGAAACAUCAUCGGGAUGCAAAUGGUUACUUCGAAUGUUCUUGUUGACAUCCUGGGCGACGGAACAACAGCCAACGCACGCACAAGCGCUAUUACAACGAUCGCAAGAGAGGGACAAGCUAUUCGAGACCACCAUCGUGCUGCGGGGUACUAUUCGUAUCGGUUGAGAAAGGUGGAGGGACAAUGGAAGAUUGCACAUUUAAAGUGCCGUAGCGGGAUCCAGUAUCUCCCUUCUGAAUCUAGCUGGAUGAUAACUGAGUAUUCAGACUCUUCUCAAAGUUUGAAUGGCACUAUGCAUUAUAGCAACGCUACCGGCAUGCGCAUUGCGUUCUUUUUUCAAGGGAAUGAAAUAUACUACUACGGCGGAAAAGGCCCAGGAUACGGGACAGUUGCUAUUAGUGUUGAUGGAGUGAAGCCCUACGAGGAAGUCAAUGCUUCGUCGAGUACUGUACAAUACAAGCAGUUACUCUGGAGUAGGACAGGACUGCCCUCUGGCGACCAUCAAAUUAUGAUCAACAGAGACUCCGGUCAAGUCUCGUUAGAUUAUUUUAGGGUUGUCUCGUUCAAUGAUACCAUAGUCCCGUCCUUGACCGGACCGGGUGCCUCCGUCGUCCCAAAAGACGCACUAAUAGUCGACGACGACGAUAUCAAUGCAGUAAUAACUUAUUCUCCAGGAUGGGAGAGAAUAGAAAAUCUAAAUGGCGCCACAAGCCCCGGAAAUGUAGGCUUUCAUAAAAAUACGGUACACCGUACCACCACCCCGGGGGCCGUUGCUACGUUCACAUUCAAUGGGACAGCGGUUUGGUACUUUUCGGAUAUUGACUCGACGCAUGGAAUGGUUCAAAUUAGUUUUGACGGAGAACAACCAGAGCGAGUUAGCGGGUUUCACAAUCCAAUACUUUCUCAGCGUUUGAUUUGGCACAAGACGGGUCUCAGUCCCAGUCUGCAUCAAGUGACGAUCACUCAUGAUGGUACACCUCGUCAAUACGCCACUGUCGACUUUUUCGGGUAUCUGCCUAGCAAUGCUACUGCCAUGAUUCCGGGAGGUACAGCAAGUAGCACAGAUACGGAGAGCAAACGUGGAAAUUUUCGUGUAGCGGUUAUCACUGGAAUUGUUAUAGGCAUACUAGCACUGGUUGGGGCGCUCUAUGGAAUGUAUCUCGUAUACCGGCGCCGGGUACAUUGGGCGAGACUUGUUCCCAAGCAACUCCGUCGGGGGAUGCGACCAACCCAAGGGGUAGUUGAUAGAACCGUCCAAUAUGAAUCGAUCCCAUUCACAGCAAUCGAUCCAAAUUAUGCUUCGAGAUCAGGACAAAAUCAUCGGAACAAGCUUCCAAAUCGAGCUACCGGUACCUCGAUCUAUGACUCUACUUUGACCACUGUUUCCGAUACGAAUUAUUCUCCGAGUAUUGGUCAUUUAGGGAACUCGGGGAGCCGUAAUCACUAUGAGAUGCCCCCACCAUAUCAGCGACCCAGUUCUGCUUCCAACGCCCAGUAG